GCUCAUCACCUGCUUGGCCAAUCAGGCACAAGUCUCGGUGACGCAGUCUCGUGUCGCGAUACUUCAUUGGAAAUAGAUUCAAACUGGUGUGGCGGUUUUGCGACUCAGAUAGACAAGAUGACAGCAGAGGAGGAGAUCCAGCUGCUGAGGCGCCAACUGAAGGAGAGCGAGGAGCAGGUCCACCAGGCUGCUCGGGCUGGCCUAGAUCUCCUCAACCAGCAGAUGGACCUGCAGAACAGACUGGAUGAACAGAGAGUAGAGAUGACCAAUGCCCUGGAGGCCCUUGAACAAGACAAGUACACCCUGCAGAAAGAAGUAGAGUUGAAAACCCGGAUGCUAGAGUCACUGCAGUCAGACUAUGAAUGUGUGAAGAAGCAGCAGAGACAGCAACUUCAGGAACAACAAGAACAAAUGGAGAGGAGCCACAGUAUGGCACUUAGUGAGCUCAACAAUAAGAUGCUGAGGCUGCAGUCAACUCUGGAGGAGUCUCAGCUGAGUGUGAAACAGCUGACCCACAAGCUCGAGUUGCAGACUGAGACUCUGAAUAACAAAAUGGAAGAGCUGCAGGCUCUGAAUGAAAACACACAGAGCUCCAUGACAUCUGAGAUGCUGGAGGUGCAGAUGAAGAUCAUGGAGCUGGAGAACAUUAAGCUGGAGUUGGAGCAGACUCUGCAGGAGUCUCAGAACAGAGAGCAGCAGCUGGAGUUGACCAACAGAAGUCUGCAACGUCACCUGGAGCAAAUCACAGAGGAGAAAGAGGGGCGAGAAAGAGAGGCCGUUUCCUGGUUUAAUGCAUUAGAGAAAUCUCGUGAGAUGAACCGAGACCUCCAGGUCCAGUUGGACCAGGUUCUGCAGCAGGCGCAGGAUCCCAACAGCAAGGGCAACUCUCUUUUUGCUGAGUUGGAGGACAAGCGUGCUGAGAUGGAGAGACAGCUCAUCAGUAUGAAGGUCCAGUACCAGUCCCUGCAGAAACAACAUGCCUUCAGCAAGCAGCAUCUGCAGCGCAUGAAGGUUCAGAUAGCCACUCUGAUGCAGCUCCAGAGUUCCAGGGCAGAUCCUGCUCAGCUGGAGAGACUCCAGUCCAUGCUGUCCGAGAAAAAUGGCGAGAUCCAGAGUCUCGUGACUAAACUGCAGAGAUUGGAGAAAGCAGAGAUGAUGUUGAAGUCUGAGCCAGUCAAUCCUGCUCCCUCAGAGAGCAGCGACGGCCAAGAUGAAACCUACUACACUGACCUGCUCAAAAUGAAGCUCAGCAACACUGUUAAGGAUGCAGAACGUCUAGGAAAUGAGCUUUCCCUGCAGAGGAUGAAAUCUUUAUCAGAGAGCCAGAGAGCUCUGGAGCUGGAGAGGAAACUGUUCACAUGUGAACGGCUGCUCAAACAGGCUCAGAGUGACAAGAUCAAGCUGCAGGUGCGAAUAGAGGAGCUCCAACAUAAAUAUGAACCCAAAGUGACAAAAAAUAAUCUGAUCCAGAAGAGGAAGAAAGAGAAACUGCCUGUGGACAUUGUACUGUCCUCUGAGGAAACCAUACUUGACAAGGGUGGGCAGUUGGGUCUCCUGGAGGUGGAUGUCACACGUGCUCUGAAUUCAGACGUUGAGGCUGACAUCUGUCCUACAGCUGAGGCUGUGAACUUCAGACAAGCUCGUGUUACAGGUUCAGAGCCUGAGCCACAGCCUGCAAAGUGUAUGAAUAUCAGUGAAGAUGAGCCAGUUUUGAUUCCCACGCCCAGCUCUCCUGUGAUUGACUGUAAAGAGGAGAAGAUGGAGGAGAACCAGCAGCAGAACAAAAAGGAGGAGAGAAGAAAGAAACACAAAGCGGUGGAGAUGAUUCAUGUGUGCCCUGGCAGCAGUAUGGAAAACCAGUGUGCCCAGCAGUAGGCCUUAUCUGGAAUCCACUGUAUGUAUGUAAACAUAUCUAGGCUGCUGUAAGUUCUUUGUUUUCAGUCUGAUUUAUC